GUUUAUUGUUGGAGAAAGAGAAUGAGAAAUGGUGGGAAUGAAAGAGAAGCUUGAAGAGUGAGACGAGGAAAAUAAAGAGAAAGAGGGGAGAAGAAAAAGAAGAGGAGGAAGAGAAGGAGGAAGAGGAGGAGGAGGAGGGAUAGGCCAGCUGACUGUCAGAAGGGGAACGACGCGGAGCCGAUACUGUUUCAGGCAGUUUGUCUUUGACGGUUGAACGUAGUGCUAUCGUAAAUUACGACAGUCCGUCGUCCGAGUGAUUUCAAACGAUUCAUCGCGAAAAGAUUUGUCAAAAGGACUUGGAAAGUUUCUUCGAAGUCGACAUCUCUUCAGCUGUUCGUGAAUCAUGCCACGGGACUUCUUCAUUCGUUUGGAGAUGCCCUUUCUGUUGUAAGUCGAUCCUGACCAAAAGGAACUGGGGAUUCAGGAUGGGAAAGCUUUUGAGUCUUCUGGCUCGGGACGAGUCUACCUGUUGCACGCCUCAAAAGUACGACGUCUUUUUGGAUUUCGAAAACGCACAGCCCUCGGAUAUCGAGCGUGAGACAUUCGAUGCCGUGCAAAGAGUCCUGAAAAAUUCUGAAUCUAUUUUGGAGGAGAUCCAGUGUUACAAAGGUGCAGGGAAAGAAAUAAGAGAAGCAAUAUCGGCCCCUACGGAGGAGUGCCAACGAAAGGCUUACUUGACCGUAGCACCACUCGUAGCGAAGCUCAAAAGAUUCUACGAAUUUUCUUUGGAAUUGGAAAGCGUAGUACCGAAAAUACUCGGACAAUUAUGUUCAGGAAAUUUAACGCCAACGCAACACCUGGAAACGCAGCAGGCUCUUGUGAAACAGCUCGCUGAGAUCCUCGAAUUCGUUUUGAAGUUCGACGAGCACAAAAUGAAAACGCCGGCUAUCCAAAAUGAUUUUAGUUACUAUCGUAGGACCUUGACAAGGGCAUCGUUGACACGACAGGACAAUGCGGAGAAGGACCUCGUUGUUGGGAAUGAGUUGGCCAAUCGAAUGUCCUUGUUCUAUGCCCACGCAACCCCAAUGCUACGUGUUCUCAGUCACGCGACCAUUACUUUCUUGAUGGACAACGAAGAUAUACCGAGGGAGAAUAUUACUGAAACUCUUGGGACGAUGGCUAAGGUCUGUCUGAGAAUGUUGGAAAAUCCCAAUCUAUUGGCCCAGUUUCAACGUGAAGAGACUCAACUAUUUGUAUUGAGAGUUAUGGUAGGCCUGGUGAUACUAUACGAUCAUGUUCAUCCUCAAGGUGCAUUCGUCAAAGGUUCGAACGUUGACGUCAAGGGUUGCGUGAAGUUGUUGAAGGAUCAGCCGCCGUACAAGAGCGAGGGCCUUUUGAACGCAUUACGUUAUACGACGAAACAUUUGAACGAGGAGAAUACACCGAAAAAUAUAAAGAAUCUUUUAGCAGCAUGAUUGCCAAAACAACGCGGUUGCUGCAUCAGAAGUUGAUUGUCGGUGGCCGCGCGUAUUUUGGUACGAAAGUUUCUUAAGACGAGGUCUCUAUCGUUUUUUAUUGGCGUCUUACGACGGACACAACGAGCUAGCUGUGAGAAUGAAUGGAUGAAUGAACGGAAUGAAGAAGGGAAGGAAGAAAGAAAGAAAGGAAGGAAGGAGCGAAUGAAGAAACUAAGGAAAAAAAAAGAAAGAAAGAAAAUAAGCGAUGAAUAAAAAUAGAAAGGAAAAGGAAAACAAAAAAAGGAUUAGGAUAGAAAGGAAAGUGAAGAAAAAAGAAUGUAUGUCCGUGUGUACGUCAUUGAUUAUCCCUUAUGACCUCUGGAUCCUAAAAAUUACCCCUUUAAUUGUGGAUGUUGGCUAUAGCUACUGGACCACGAAGUCUUUCGAAAGCGCGUUAAAAAAAAAAAGGAAAGAGAAAAAAAAAUAAAAUAAAGCUGCCUCUCUUGAGUCAACUGCCAGAUUUUAAUCAUGGCGAUUGGCACGUUGCUAGAAAAGGAAAGAAAAUACAUAUAUAUUGUAGAUGAAUGGUAAUUGGACAUUUUUGAGAGAACUUAUCGUAUGAUCGUUGAAAGAAGUCGUUUUUCUUUUUGUCCUUUUUUUUCUUCCCUUUUCUCUCUUUUUUUUUCUUCUUUUUCUUUUUUGAGUGUACAUUCGAAUCCGUCCUCUAAUUUCGUUUUCGACCGACGGAAUCUUCUUUUUUGCUUUCUUCUUCUGUUUUUUUUUUGCGAGAAACAAAUGUCAUCGGGUAUAAUCGAUCUUGUUCUCGACGAAAGGUUCGACGACGAAUUAUAAUAUUUGGGGGAUGACAAUUUUUGAUUCGAAUGUGCAAUAGAACAAUUCGAUUGUUGAUCGUUGUUGAUUUCAUUUUACGACGAUUACGGCGAUCGUCUAUUUAAAUACGCCUUAGGUGUUCUUUCUUUUAUUAUUAUUAUUAUUAUUAAUAUUAUUAUUAUUAAUAUUAAUAUUAUUAUUAUUAUUAUUAAUAUUAUGAUUAUAUGAUAGCUAUUAUUGUAAUUAGUAUUAUUAUUAUUUUAUUAUUAUUAUUAUUAUUUUUAUUAUAAUUAUUAUUUUUAUUAUUAUUACUUUUUUUUUAUAUUUCUAUUAUUACGUCGAUUAUAAUGGACACUAUUUGUCGUGGCGAAAGAUUUAGAAAAAAUUCGAUUAAAAGUCGUUCAUUGAUAUUAUUGCGCCUUUUAAAAAAUCGGCGCGACCCGUUAAUUAGACCAUAUCAUAGUGUAUUUUAGGAGUAAUUCCAAUUACGAAACUUUUGCGAGAUUUAUUAAGAGAGAGGUUUAAUCACGUUGUGGAUAUUGUGCAGAUCUUUAGCUCUUGUUUUCUUUGUUAUUCGACGAAUAAAAGUUUGAAAGGUAGAGAAAGAAUGAAAGAGAGCGAGAGAAAAAUAUACAGAGAAAGGAAAACGUAUAGAAUCUCGACAAGGAAAGAUUCAGUCAUAAAUCGUUAAAGUCGUCGAAACGAAAUACUGCCAGCGAAAAUUCAGCGAAAAUAAAUUCAAAAAUUACCAUUGUAAAAUUGAUUUUGUUUUUAUCGUGAAGAAAAUUUUUUUCUUUUUUUCUGACAAAAAGUGAAACGAAACAAAAAAAGAAAAAAAGAAAAAAGGAAUAUUCGACUCGAAAGGUAAAGAAAAAAAGAAAAAAAAAUGGGAAAGAAAAAGAAAUCUUGUUAUCCAAAUGAAUCCUACUUGACGAAGAAAUUUGUUAACUUGAAAAAUAAAAGACAAAUGAAUUAUAUAAUCGAUAAACAAUGUUUGCGAUAGGAGUUUUGUGAAAGAGUAGAAAAAAAGUACCAAAGAAUAAUUAUUGUACAGCGUGUAAAGAAGACAGUGCAUGUCCCUUAUAUCUCAUUGUUAUAUUAUUUUUAUCAUUAUUGUUAACUUAACAGCUACGAGAUGAGAAAAGUAAGUAAUUUAUACUUUAUACUGCCGAUCAGAGAGAAAGAGAGAGAGAGAGAGAGAGAGAGAGAGAGAGAGAGAGAGAAAGAAAGAGAAAGAGAGAGAGGUAUAUGACCGUAUGACACUUUAGCGGUACAAUAUCAAUGUUUUCAGAAACUUCUCAAAUUUCACGAACCUAUGAAUAAAAUAAUUAUGAACAUUAUAUAAA